AUGAAAAGUGUCAACCUUUGCCGCGAGUUGUUCGACAGAGCAGUGGAACGUACUGCCAGUCCAAGAGCUAAGUUAUCUGUCGUUUCCAAUGGUGUGCUACCAGAAGGUAGUCCAGCGUUUGUCGAAAUCGAGGAAAAUGACGGUCCCGAGAUAUUCUGCUCCAAAAUAACUUACUUACAAGUCUUCCACGAGGCUCGUGUAUUUCUGCAAGAACGCAAUGGAAAUACAUCAUUAAGCGAUGCGGACACUUACUUUGCUACCUUGGGCCUCCUCCUUACCACACCAGAGGAUCGUACAAACCUGAAUCUCCAUGAAGCGAUUAUACUUCAAAGACUCAAAGAGGAGUCAGAACAUCAAGGAAAGUUAACCAAAGAAGGUCACAUUUUUUUGGCGCGCGAAAUAAUGGCCGUGAUGCUUCUUCUAACAUCCUCCCUCAAUCGAGUUAACAAGUCGCCGUCUUUGUGGCUCCUCUACAGGAAGCUCUUCACGAUUCUAAAAGAGCUUUUCCCGGCUUUCGAGGUCGACUACCAAAGGCUCUUUUUGACUUCAGCUGAACGCCAUUUCUCAAAUUUUUACUGCUGGAAUACUUUUCGAUGGGUAUAUGAUUUGGAGAGUCCCUCAACUCAAGCUCAACUUUUGACCGCUGUUUGGGAUUUCAGUUCACAACAUCCCAAAGACAGUUCUGCUUGGUGGGCUCUAGGACACAGUGUGCUGAAUCUUUCGGCUUUGUCCGAAUAUUCAUCAAAAGACUACAAUUCAUUAAGAUCUAGAUUUGGAUUUGAACAAUCCCCUCAUCACGCUUCUGAAGUCAACUCUGUUGGCGAGCUGACUCAAUACUCGUCCGAAAUCAUAAAAUUCAUAGAAAUCGGUGAAGUAAGUGACUGGCCUCCGUUUGGAUGUCUCGCCAGGCUGUUACGCUACGUGACUGAGAAAGAUCAAGCCCAAUUCCUUCAGAAAUGGUACAAUGAGAUACAGGCGUUUGAGAAAAAAUACUUUGAAAUAAACAAAAACUCAGUCUCUUUGGCUAUUUAUAAAAAUGAUCGGGGCUUGAUUUUUCAAAGAUCAGUUCAGUCUCUGCUGCAUCGCAAGACGUUGUUGAAGAAGAUUGGUGUGCUCGUGUUUUUUAGUACAGCGGAAGAGAACCCAAGUUAG